UAAAUUCAUUGGCAGCAAUUUGUGGCGGGUGACGGCUCCCUCUGCAACAACUCCAAUGGUCAUCACUAGCUAGAAUGUCGGCGAAUUCUUUCUUCAUUCCUCCCUCAUCUUUGUCCACCAAGCAAUUCUCACAAGGAAGUUGUCUUCACCCUGCAAGACCAGUACUGCAACAUGCUCAAAAAGUCACUAAACACAACAUCCAAUUCCUUGUUGUUAGCUCGCAAUUCUUAAAUCAAGAGGUUAUCAGGCGAUCAGGAAACUACAAGCCAAGCAGUUGGGAUUACGAUGGUUUGCAAUCUCUCAAGAGCGAAUUCCUGGAAGAGGCGUUUGUGGAGCGGGCCAAGAAACUGAUGGUAGACGUCAAACGCAAGCUCAAUCAAGCAGCAGGAGCAGUGGAUCAACUGGAGCUGAUUGACACUCUUCAGAGGCUAGGGGUUGGGUAUCACUUCCAAAGUGACAUCAAGAGCGUUCUGGAAUCCAUAAAGGACACAGAGGAAGAAUUAUAUGCCCAACAGUUUACAUACAGACAUCUCAUCAAACAGCUCAAAGAAAAAACAUUUCCAAAUUAUAAAAACAUGGCCAGACUAGUAAGCCAUGCGUUGGAGAUGCCCUUGCACUGGAGGAUGAAAAGGUGGGAAGCCAGAUGGUUCAUAGACACCUACUCCAUGAAACAAGAUGUGGACCCUUUGAUACUUGAAUUUGCUAAGCUUGACUUCAACAUGGUGCAAGCUAUAUAUCAGCAGGAAUUAAAAGAUGCAUCAAGAUGGUGGACUGACCUGGGCCUCGCCGAGGCACUAAGGUUUAGUAGAGACAGGAUAGCCGAGAGUUACUUGUGGACCACUGGAGUCAUAUUCGAGCCACAGUUCGGAUAUUGUAGAAGACAACUUACGAAAGUCAAUUGUUUGAUCACAACAAUUGAUGAUGUGUAUGGUACUCUGGACGAACUCAAGCUUUUUACUGACACUGUUGAAAGAUGGGACAUCAACAGGAUGGGAGAUCUUCCAGACUACAUGAAGAUGUGUUUCAUGGCACUCUACAACAGUAUCAAUGAAAUGGCUUAUGAUGUCUUAAAGAAAAGUGGCAGGGACAUAUUAAAAUACUUGAAGAAAGGGGAUGAGCUGAAGAGAGGAGAUGUUCCAAAAUCAAUCCAAUGUUAUAUGCGUGAGACUGGAGCUCCUGAGGAAAUUGCCCGUGAACACAUUCGGGGUCUCCGUGCUAAAGAAUGGAAGAAGAUGAACAAAUGUAUGCCUGCUCCUUCUCCUUUCCCUCGAGCAUUUAAAGAUAGUGCAAUUGACCUGGGACGAAUGGCCCAAUUCAUGUACCAGCACGGAGAUGGGCAUGGAGUACUUGCAGAUUGCUUGACUAGGAACAACAUUAUGUCAUUGUUAGUUAAUCCCAUUCCCCUUGAUAAAUUGUAGUAAAUCUAGUUCAGUAUGGCUUACACUUGAUGCUUGGGAAAAGUAGUAAGGAUUGUAUAUAUAGAUUUAAUGCUUAUGGAUGA